UUCAGCAACUUCUACUAUAGGGAUGGUCUGGAGUGCUCCAAUAGCCUCCAACUCUCACGACGUCACUUAGCAGAAUUACAUUGAUGUUGUGUGUGUGUGUGUGUCUUCAGUGUGUAUAAAAUAUGAAUGGUAGCCUAGGUACCCAAAUGGAAUUGCUUGCAAAUCUUGUUUAACAUUUUUUUCUCAUGUAAGAUUGGAUCAGACAAAAUAUAAAUGAGUAACGGCUUAAUUGUGAGCUAAUUGAACUAGGUUUGUCCAUUGAUCUCUCCUGUUUCUGUUUUGGGGAGUUGGAACAAUUCGUAUGAUACCUGUUCGACAAAAUGCUUAGAAGAGAUGUAGCAUUAUGCCGUGGAAACCAAAACCAAAACGUUAAUUUUUUUUCUGAAGAUAAUGAUUUGACGGGUUAUGCCAACGAAUCAGUCGCUCGUUAGUUUAUUGAUGAUGAUGAUACAUAUUGUGAAUCGCAAUGCUCACAAUUUCUUGUUGCAGCUUUUGAACGUCCCUCACACAAGUAGUUGAAUUCAGAUGCACAUUGCACAAGCCGUUUGCGUCAGUUCCCACCCUUUUCGGGUUUCCGUAAUACGAGAAGAACUUGUUUCUCAUUGAUAAUGCGAUAAGCCUUUUCCUUGGUAUGAAGUGGUUCACCCUGCCAUGAGCGCAUACCUCAUUCUUGCUAGGUAUUCUGGAGCACAUAUAGAGAGUGCUUCAAAAUGGUUGAGAUUAAUAUCAACUGCUAAUCCUCAAAAUCACCGCCAAUGGGAUACUAACCUAUGAACAUUGGCGCUCAAAUUGCCACUAUAUUGUUCUCUACAUGCGUAUAGUACUAGAUUGUUUCAUAAUCAAAGCGUACCUUUUUGUUGUAUAAAAGUGUUCCUUGAUCCAAUUUUUUGGUGAAUCGGAAGCUCGACAUUUCCCACGUUAUGUGAUUCUAUUCCGACCUGAACUGCUUCUGUCAUAGCUUAUAUUUAGAAUGUAAUUUUUCUUGUUUGGAUGCUGUGUAGUAUGGAGCUUCUGAUGACGUUUACAUCAUGUCUUUAAUCUGUCAGAAUUUCAAAGGAAGAUGUAAAAACCUUAGGUUGUGUAAAAAUUGACAUCUGUGCUGAAAACGACCUGGUUUAGCUUUAUUUCAAUCUCAGACCAUGUUAUCUCAUAGAAUCCUCCAGAAGAUGCUUACAACGCGUCUUGUUUCAAGCUUUAGCCCCUCCUCCGGGUUCUCUUCACUUUCAGCAUGUGGAGACAGAUUAAAGCAAGAAAGGGUUUUUUCAAGUUCAGACGUUCUUGAAUAUUCGAAGGUGAGCCUUGACUCAAAUCCUCUGCAUUUUGAUCUUGAGUGUGCCCAGAAAGCAGGAUUUGAAGAUCGACUAGUUCCGGGGAUGCUCGUUGCUUCCUUGUUCCCAAGGAUUAUUGCGUCAAAUUUUCCUGGAGCCGUGUAUGUUUCGCAAAGCUUGCAUUUCAAAUUGCGAAUAUAUAUUGGUGAAGAGAUCAUCGGUGAAGUACAAGCAACUAAUAUAAGGGCAAUGAAGAACAAGUACCUUGCAAAAUUCAAAACGAAGUGCUUCAAACACGGCGAUCAUCUGGUAAUUGAAGGCGAGGCUACAGCUAUUUUACCAACUCUAGCGAUGGAGCAAGGGAAAUCUAUUAUCUGAUUUCAGCCAUAUUGGGUAUCCAUUCUGCUUUCCUAUUAGGUAACGAAGUUGCUGAAGCAAACUAAACAGCUACAAGUAGCAAUAUGAAUGCUGGAGAAUCUGGUUCAACUGUUUCUUUUUAAUGUGGACUUUUUCCAAUUCGAAUCACUGCUAAAGAGGUCGAUGUUACCGAACAGAUAAGAAAGUUAUGUAGUUGUUUUGUCGAAAAAUUCCUGGCUCUGGGACGUGAAGCUGGGAGCAGUCGUCACAAGCCUUUAUGAAAUAUUUUGUUUUUCUGUUUUAAAGCAGAUUCUGCCUUUAUUGGUGAAAUUUACCUUUGAUUGAAGAUU